CUCACGGUCACCACUAUGGCGAAGGCCACCGGAAGCGGAAGAAAUACCGGAAGUUUCUGCUAAGCAGAAAUCGUUUUACACCGGAGGGUUCGCGGGGUCCCCUCCCCACAGGUAGAGGGGCGGCACCGGGGACCCCUGUUGACUUCCACACUGGUUAUCUCAUCACAUAUAAUCCUUCAGAAUGUCUGAGAACCAGGGGAACAUCCCCCUAAAUAAUGCAAAUGGGAAUCGGGUUCGAACACCCAACCUGAACCAGAACCCUCUGAUCAAUGUACGGGACCGACUUUUUCAUGCACUUUUCUUCAAGAUGGCAGUCACCUAUGCGCGCCUCUUUCCUCCAUCCUUCCGUAGAAUAUUUGAGUUUUUUGUACUCCUUAAGGCUCUCUUGGUGCUUUUUAUUUUGGCCUAUAUUCACAUUGCCUUUUCACGCUCUCCCAUCAACUGCUUGGAGCAUGUGCGGGAUAAGUGGCCCAGAGAUGGGAUCUUGCGUGUGGAGAUUCAGCUGAAUUCUAGCCGUGCACCCAUUUUCCUGCAGUUCUAUGACAGUGACACUUUCAUGGGGUUGGAAAAAGAGCCAUCAAAUGAAGAAGAGGAGGAGGAGCUGAGUAUGGACAUGUACCAGAACAGUUCCAUUAAGUUUGAACUGGACAUUGAGCCCAAAGUGAUCCUAAAGCCGUCCCUAGAGAGUGUCACACGUACCUCUGAGAAUCAGAGCCAGGCACUUUCCUUCAGUGAUGCUGCCAGCAAAGUGUGGCCUCAGGAAGAGUAUAUAGUGGAAUAUUCUCUUGAGUAUGGGUUCCUCAGGUUAUCCCAGAGCACAAGGCAGAGACUCAACAUUCCAGUUAUGGUAGUGACACUUGAUCCCACUCGGGACUUGUGCUUUGGGGACAGAUUCAGUCGUUUCCUUUUGGAUGAGUUUCUGGGAUAUGAUGACAUUCUUAUGUCAAGUGUUAAGGCUUUGGCAGAAAAUGAGGAGAACAAAGGGUUCCUGAGGAACGUGGUAUCUGGUGAACAUUACCGGUUUGUUAGCAUGUGGAUGGCACGGACCUCGUAUCUUGCAGCUUUUGUCAUCAUGGUCAUAUUUACCCUCUCAGUCUCCAUGCUUUUGCGGUAUUCCCAUCACCAAAUCUUCGUGUUUAUUGUGGACCUUUUGCAAAUGCUGGAGAUGAAUAUGAGCAUUGCAUUCCCAGCUGCUCCUCUGCUCACUGUGAUUUUGGCUCUUGUAGGUAUGGAAGCCAUAAUGUCAGAGUUCUUCAAUGACACUACCACUGCUUUCUAUAUCAUCUUGAUUGUAUGGUUGGCCGAUCAGUAUGAUGCCAUCUGCUGUCACACCAAUACCAGCAAGAGGCACUGGCUCAGGUUUUUCUAUUUGUAUCACUUUGCAUUCUAUGCUUACCACUAUCGUUUUAACGGACAGUACAGCAGCCUUGCCCUAGUCACAUCAUGGCUCUUCAUCCAGCACUCUAUGAUCUACUUCUUCCAUCACUAUGAGCUCCCUGCCAUUUUGCAGCAGAUUCGAAUUCAAGAGAUGCUUCUACAAAACCAGCAGGCAGGUCAAAAUCAGACUAGCCUUCAGGACAACCUCAACAACAACACCACACCAGAGCCUUCAGGAGCAAACCCCAUACCUAACCCUGGGGCUCUUUUCCAGCCACCAGCAGUCAGUGAUCACGAAGUGCCAGGUUCUUCACUGAUGGACUCAACAACCGGUGACAGAGUUGAUAAUCCCGCUGUUGAUGAUUUACCUUCCACACAACCUAUAGAAGUUGGAAGCCUACAUCUAGAUUCUCCUAGUGCUGUGAAUCUAAUUCAAGAAGCUAUAUGGAGUUGCAAUUCAGCACCUGAUACUGCUGCAGUAACACAAACUGGGGACCCGCCACCUGCUGCCCCGCGACCAAUAAGCCAGACUGAACUGCAAGAUGAGUCGGCAUCACACACUAUAGACUCCAGUUCAAUAAUUUUCCAAGCAACUAGCUCAGAAUCAAAGCAAAGUAGUCCUAUAGCAGCUUGUCCUGCAGAGCAGCUUGUGUCAAUGAGCUCCCCACUGCAGGACACACAAGUUUCAGAGCAUCAUGUAGAGGAAUCGUGAGCAGAUACUCAUUCAGAUAUUCUAUUUAGAGAACCUCGCUACUGGAAGAUAUGUACACCAUGCUAAGGAGUCUUUUGGGAGAAUUCAUGCCUUUUACAGAUAGUUAUGGAACCUGCAGCACAUUCAACACCGUGCUAGUGUGUCUUUUUUUACACACUACUUAUUUUUCUUUAUUUUUUUAAAGCUUGUUAUUUCUCCUCAUCAUUGGCUUCAUCAUAUUAAAUCUUCCAGAGACUAAACAAAUUUAUUAUAACAUAAGAAGAGGUGGAUGUUCUUCAACUUCCUACACAUUCAGUGAUUUUAGGGGUGCAUGGGAUGUGCGUAGAUUAUAUGUGAAUGCAAAUACACGUAUAUAAAAACAUGUUGCCAUGCCCUGUUUUAUUAUUAUUUUUCAUUAUUUCCAGUAGUUUGAGGGUUAAAAUCUUUGCUCUUGCUGGCUUUCUAGAUACGGCAGUCAUAAUAUUUACAAAAAUACAACUUUUAUUAGAUUAAUAAUUGAAUCCAUCUAUAAAGUGCACAACAUUCAUGAAGGAUAUAUGUUCAAAAUGUGAAGAUGAUUAUUUUACAGUCCAUAGCUGGCAAAUUGCAUCAUAAGGAGACUUAGCUGCACUACCACAGGCAUCAACAAACAAGCGGAGCAGAACAUACUGUUAUGAGUUAUAUGGAAGCCAACAUUACGCAAAAGACUACUUUUUUUUUUCAUUAAAAUAAAUUAUCAAAGCUUAAAAUCUGUAAUCUCUUAACCGUCGGUAGCAAGCCUGUUGGCAUAGGAGAGGCACAGGCAACAGAUUUUGGCAAACUGAUACAAUUAGGAAGUAGGGUGGUUUUAUGUGACUGUCUAGGGAAUCUUAUGUCCCAAAAAGUAUAUUUAACAUGUGCCUAUCCAUGGCUGCAGAAUGCUUUUUUUUAUUGCACUUUUAUUCAUUACACAGGAAGAUGGCAAGGAAAGAAACUAUAUAUAUAUAUAUAUAUAUAUAUAUAUAUAUAUAUAUAUAUAUAUAUAUAUAUAUAUAUAUAUAUAUAUAUAUAUAUAGCAACUAUAUUGAUGACGGAUGUAUAGCAAAGUUCUAUUUAUGUCUUGGAAACUAUAUGUUGUUGGUCUACGCAGGAGUUAUAAUGUUAACCUUUUCAGGGGUUAGAUAUGCAAAGCAAUAUGUAUAAUAUAGCCCUAACUCUGAAAUGGUUAAAUCAGGAGUCUACCUUUAAAUCUUUACUACAUAAAGCUUGUUUAUUUGUGUGACACUUCCCAACCAGACCAGAGUAAUGUGAAUUCACAUCAUUCUUUGGGUAACUGGUUCACACCCCACUGGGGAGGUCAAGAGAAACCUUUUUAUUUUUAGGCAAAGUAAAAUGAGUGAACAUUCUAUUUAAUUGUACCGCAAAAAUUAUAUUAAAAUGACAAAUUGUUUGUAUAUAAUAAUAAAUAUAUCUAAGGUAAA